AGUUUACUAAAUUGUAGUGUACAUAAGGUGGGCCGAAAAAACGUUUUUUUUUUAAUUUGAUUUGUAAUAGUGAAAAUUAGUUGAAAAUUAGUUUAGCAACCUAUGUGACCAAAGUAUAUGCUCCGUGGUUUGACAUUAAAAGGCACCCAAGUUGAAAAGAUGGAGGAAGGCACUUAUGGGCGUUUAUAUCAAGGUCUCGUUACUUAUCUAAGACUAUUUCAGGUUCCUGCAAUAAAAAUAAUUGCAACAUUUUAUUACAACCUUAUUAACUGGCAAAACAAAGUUACAGAACCACCUCUCCUGAUGCAAAUCUCGAUCGAAAAACUACAAGCUUUUAUUGCUCGAGUAGAUGACAAUAAAAAGAUAUUUUUCGUUCUCUUCUCUCUUCUCUUCUCUUCAGGAACUCUGUACUCAAAAACAGCUCGGGAGGGUUUCAUCAAACUAAGAUUGAGUCUCGUAAACUUAUGCCAAGGAUUUUUGUGUAAAGUAAGAGAUAUUUGUUAUAUAAAAAAUAAAAAAAUUAUGCUUAUUUCUUAAUAAAUAAUUAAUACAUAGCUUGAAUAUAAAUUUUUGUUAUUUAUAUUUAUCUUCCAAUAAAACAGUGAAAUUUGAAAAAGUUUUAAGGAUACAUGAAAAUUAUAUUUUUCAAAAUUUCAAGGUCAAUCCGGAGGCAGACGAUGAUAUCCAAUAGUUUUUAAGAUAAAACACAUUUUUAUUGCUAUUACUUUCCAAAAGAAAAACUUUUUUUUUCUUCAUACAUGAGUGACCCACCCUAAGUACAAUCAAUUUUUGUCGUUUUAUUCAUAGACUAUUUCGAAAAGUGUAAAUUAUAAAUUGGGACCAAAAGCUUUUUUAAUCAAGAUGUUUCAUAAAACUUAAUAUCUAACAGCCAUUUUAAAGUUCGUGUAACUUUA